AGUGAUUUACUGAUUUGUUAAUAAAUAAUAAUUAUUGUGGAACGACAGACGAGUUACUUAAUUUUGUGUUAAUUUUAUGUUUUUCAAUUAAUAAUAAUAAUUAUUGCUCUGUUGGUUAAUGUAGAUAUUGUACGUAAAAGCAAAAAUUAAGCUAUGAUCAUCUGGUUACCAUCUGUAUUACGAUAAACUUAUUGAUAGCCCGACAAAAUGUUUGCAAGCCUUAAAAGUAAGAUCAAGGAAGAAACUGGAAGUGACAUCAGCAAAUUGACGAAUAGUUGGCGAAGUGGUGCUUUUCUCAGUAGAUUAUCGUUAAGAGAUGAUUCGUCGUCAACAACUCCUUCUAGUUCUGUUUGUCAUGGAGACUCAACAUCAGAUUCUUUAUCUCCUCAAAUGCACACAUACUUAUCGGAUCGGACAGGGGGUCACAUUGACAAUAUAGCUCUUCACCAGGAGUAUGCUGAGCAAUUAGAAGCUAAAUUACGAGACCGGGAUCUGUAUUGGGAACAGAAACUUGAAGCGCUCAAAGUUUCACUUACAUCAGCUCAAGGAGAGGAAGCAGUAGCCGCUCAAACAGUAGCUCGUCUAGCGCAAGCUGAAGCAGUGAAGGCAAUACAAGAACGGGAUUUGGCUCAGAAACAACUGGAAGAACUGAAGGCAAGGCUUUCUGUAGCGGAAGAUGCACAGGAUAGGCUUGACACAAUCACUGAGGAGCUGGAACAGUCGCGUCGUGAGUGGUCCCGGGAGAGAGCUGAGCUGACCGCGGCGCUGGGUGUGGCAGACGCGAGGACACGAGAUCUUGCCGACGAGGUGCAACUCCUGAAGGCUGCCCUGCCUCCGGAGAGUGAACACCAUCACAUGCAUGACGAUGAUAAAAGAGAAAUAAAUGUAACGGGCUGUGCGGAAUUUGACCGGAUAUGCCGAGAGAGGGCGGUACUUCGUAGACAGCUACAAGAAAACAAAAUGGCGCUCGCGGAUGUCAAGACUUCAUGGAGCGGACAGAUAGCGACAUUGGAGACACAGGUGGCGCGGUUGUCUAGGCAGGCGGGAGAAGAAGGGGCAGAGAGAAGAAGAGUAGAGAAUGAGAAAAGAGAGCUGCAAGAGAAAUUAAUGAACACCUGUAUGGAAUUGGAAAAAUCGAAACAAAAUCUAGCUAACUGUGAAGCCAAGGUGGUGCGUCUGAAUGGAGAAGUGACCGCGCUGGCGAUGGAAGUGAAGAGCUUGCGGGCGGGCGCCGAGGACGCGGCCGAUCAAACAAUGGAGCUUGAGGGUAGGAUUGAAGCUCUGACAGUAGAGAACAAAGGCUUGGUGGAGGCUCUGGAAAAGGAGAAGGCAUUGGUGCAAAUGUUGAGAGUUCAGCUGGAGGAGUCGCAACGUGUGAGUGACGAGCUGAAGGCUGAGGUGAACCACCUGAACUCUGUGAUGACUGACAUGCAGCACGACUAUAUCGAUGUUCAGAGGAAGUUUGAGAAGGAGCGAAGGGACAAAGACGAUGUGAUGCUGCGAAAUGCACACAUUUCGCAGAGUGCGGAGAUGAGCCAGUGUAACGUGCGCUUCCUGGAGGGAGAGGUUUCGGAGCUGAGGGCCAGGGUGGCCGAGCUCGACACUGUCAUCGCGCAGCAUAAAGAGUAUCAGGCAACGUGUAUGCUGAUAAAGGAGAGUGAAGAAAGCAGAAACAAAGAGAUUGAGCAACUCAGGAGUAAGAUAGAAGAGUUCAUUGUUAGUGACAGUACGCUUAAAAAGACUAUACAAGAUUUACAAGAUGAAAUCUGUGAUAAAAAUAAGAAAAUAAAAACUUUAGAUAAUAGAAUAGCGGACAUGAAGAAGACAUUGCAGAGAGAGUUACAGAGCAGUAAAUCUGAUCUCACGUCCGCGGAGGAACAAGACAUUAGUAGAAGGUAUCUGAAGCACGUGGUGCUCCGGUUCCUAACUGCUCGUGAGCUGGAGGCUCGGCAACUAACUCGUGCGCUGGCCGUUCUACUACGACUCUCUGCGCACGAAGAGGCAAUUCUCCGAGCCGCGUUGCCUGCCCGACCGCGGACUGGAGUCUCCUCCUGGUUUCCUACUCUUAACACUUGACUCCACACCACGAUCUCAUCCACUUAGCUAAUACCACUUGGUGCCCCGCAGAGAUAUUAGAAAAUAUAGACCAUUAAUUUCCAUAAUACAGUUGUUAAAUUACAGCUAAGAUUAAAUCUAGCAUUGCCGGGUGAUAAGAAAAUAUAAGAGCAAAUAAUUUAUCAAAGGGCAAAAGUAGCCUUCUGCAGGUUCGCAUGAAUGAUCGGAUAAUCCUAAAAACCUAUCAUCAAAUGCGCCAUAACAAAUAUAUAUAUAAUUAUCUUAAAUUUCGCCCCUAUGUAUAAAACAGUAUUUCAAUUAUUUUUAUAGAGUCCGUAAUGUGGAAUUAAAUGUUGAUUCGUGUUGUGGCAAGUGGAGCCAAAUUGAUUCUUAACUCUUCGUAAUCCUGGCAUCGCUAGGAUAACAAUUAUUCAAGUGUGUGAUAUAAAAAACUAGUUACAUCAUCAUGUGAGUGAAAAACGGUGAUUCUAAUGUAAUAAAUUAGUGCUACAAAAUGCUUAAUUUUCAAAACUGUAUACAAUUUUUAGCCACACGGCGUGUCAUUACGGAAUAAAAUAAGGCCUGUAAGUGCGAACGAGCACGACAUAUCGGCUAAACUCCUCUCCAAUUUUAUGAUUUGCCACAACGCGUGCGCUACGACCUAGGCGAUUAUUUUAGCUUUACUCGAAGAAUGCGAUAAAGCAGUUUUCAUUAAAGAAGUCGAAAAUAAGACUACAUUAAUUGUCGUCUAUAAAAUAUACAGUAUGACUGAAGAGAAACUAUCAUUUUCUAAUGAUCUAAUACUUAAUUAUUGAAUAAAUUUCCCUGUCAAAUGAAGUGUGGAUAUAUUAUCGCUGAUUAUACGACUCUUUCGUUAGUUGAUCGCAAGCGCCUACCGACCCGUGUAUUCGCCUUCCCACUUCCUGUAUUAUGUAAUCAAUUUAUUUUUUCUUCAUAUAUGUUUCUCACCAGUCGUGCUGUGUAUAAUUCUCGAAUAAUGUGUGAGUAAAUGGUGUGCGUUUUAUACAGUUAUAAAGUUGUAUAGCUCAUGUAAAAUUUCGAAUAUAUUAGGGCUUAUACACACGGCGCGCACCACGCGUUCCAGUUGUUAUUAUUAAAUUAUAUGCGUUUUAUUAUUAACUUUAUAGGUAAUUUGUGAGACGCCAUUACAACGUAGUAUGAGUUUUGUCGUGACGCUAUAGACGUACUCAUUCCUUAAAGCAUUCCAAAAUGUGUACGUAGAAGCAUGUCCCAGGCCGUUGCGACCGGUGGUAAAUGCGGCUGUUUAUCAUGGCGUAAUCAGUUGAUUACAAUAAUUAUUUUUGUUGAAAUAAGGGAAAAAUCUGAAUAUUAUCAUACAUUACAUCUUAAAAUGAAUUCAGAAUCAAAAUGUAGCAAUAUUAUGUGAAACAUUCUUUUUUUUUCAACUCAUAAUGCGGUAUCAGAGCAGAAAUCUAUAAGAGCAGUUAUAUUUCAUAACCAUGUGCUGUGUUACUACUACUAAAUACCAAAUGUAGACUCCCACCGCAUCUGUUACAGGUACGACCUUAAUCACUGUCAAUCAAGCGGUCAGCGGUGGACCGCCGGCGUUAUUCGCGGUUGUCUGGGAUACGCUUUAUAUUUUGAAAAGUAAAACAGAUAUUGUGUAUGUUUUACAGUAUUGAUAUGAUUAUGUGAUAUUAUAGUUCUUAGUUUUAUGUUUUACUUUAAAGUUUUCGUGCUUUUGUUGGUAUAGUGAAUUGUAUACAGGUGUAUGUGAAAUCAAUUUACAUUACAGCCUCCAUAGCCAUUUUUCUGCUGGGCUAAUCUUAAUAUUGCCUGAAAACAAUCGAUAGGGAACAAUACACACACACACACAUUUUAUAUAUCUAUAGAUAAAUAUAAUUUAUAUAGAUAAAUUGUAUGCUGUUAAUAAUACGCCUUUACAGUUGCUAGUCAAUAUGUUUUUAUUUUAUAUUUAUAUAAACCUAUUAAAGGCCAGAUAUAACGUCACUGCCCUUCCCUUUAAAUCAAAGUAAAAUGAUGUUUUGUAAGAAAAGAAAUCAUCAAUAUAAGAUCUGUACAUUAGGUAUGUCUAAUUAUAUUUGUAUUAUCUAGUCUCAGUUGUAUUUUAAAGAUGAAUAUUUUAAUUCUACAGUUUAUUUUUUAUAUGUGUUAUGUUUGUAGGUGCGUAUCUUCUCAUACGAGGCAUGCAUACAAAUAUUUGAAGCCUACAUUUAUUCAAUAGCACCAGGUCAUACAUUCAAUACUGAUUGAGGCACUCUUAGUUCAUUUAUACGUCUAGAAUCUAGAUAGACUGUGACAGCUGUGAAAACUUCGAAGAAAAUUGAGUUUAGAACUAACAUCUAUUUGGCGCAAUGCACGCACACUAAACUAAUAUUCCUGUGCUGUUUUUAUCGGCUGUCUAACAGCAAGAGCUUUACUUUUAUACCGGGAAAAAGUACAAAAGCUCCAAAGAGUAAGCUUUGUUAUAACAAUUUCAAUAUUAUUCACCUAAUUAAUUCAACAGCUAAGCUCACUUCCUUUAAUUGUAGGUCCAUCAUCAGGGUUAGGUGAUGGUUGGGUGAGAUGAGUUCUCGGUUGCGCCCAAUAUCCAUAGGUCUAUCUAAGCCGAUAAGACAAUUAUUUAGUUAAUUACGUCCCACGAAAGGUUUAAUAAUUUACUAAAUCAAUAAAGGAGAACUUAGCAUUGAACUCUGGGCAGAGCCCACCAAACUAAACAUUAACUUGAAAUGGUCUGAAUACGGUAAAUAACGUUGCUCAAUGUUUUGUUUUAGUGUUUUUUUAAUCGAGAUAUUAGGUACCAUAUCUCGCCUCUUGUAAUAUUUUGAUUAAGAUAAAAACACCAAGGAGCCGUAAAACACGGCUCUUUGGUGUUUACAGAAGCACAUGGUGUGCUUCUGUAAACACAAAAAUUAAACUGAGAAAUGUAUUUUGAAGGCCUACCUUUAACUAAAUUAAGUAAUGGAUAGUAAACCACCUCGUAUGAGAUAGAAUGCGUAACUCAAGGCAAGUAUUAUAGUAGAGUACAUUUUUUAGUUAUAUGACAGAUAAUUAUUAAUAUAUUUCUGUAUUUUAUUUCUGAAUACAUAUUACGUAAGUAAAAUA